GUUGUCUCGAGCCCACAUUUUUGCUGUGAUAUUGUUGGUUACACAAGACUUCUAUAGCUACCUGUCACUACUGGUGAGGUGAACAUGAAAGUGAAAGCAGUGAAAUCCCCAGAUUGGUAGACCUAGUCACCACUCCAGACUGUAAAAGGUGUUGCUCAGUAACCAGGGACAUUCGAUGGCAAGCGGUGAUCAGAUGGCAGAGAUUGGGGAACCUGGGGACAUGGAGGAGGUGAAUGAAGCUCAGGGUCUAGAGGACAGAUCCUCCCUCAUAUCCACCAUGGAAAGGAACGGGAAGACCCAACCAGACAGCCCGGUGAAGGAGAAGAAACUGGGGAUGAUGAAGCAGGUUGGAGAGAGGAGUCCUCUGGCCUCAAACAGCAACGGGUCAAAGGACAGACCCUAUUCAGACCAGGGGGGGGACAGUAUUGACCCUGAAGUGACAUCUCUGACCCAUCAGCUGCCGCCCACUCACUCGCCAAGUUUGAGUGCUGGGUCUCCUGUGGCCUCUCCCCUGAAGAGUCCAGACUCAUCAACCAUUGGGGACUCUCUUCUGAAGAAGGGGGCUUCCAUUCGACGGAGUUUGCGAUUUGUGAGGAAUAAGAAGGACAAGACCCUCAAACAGGAGCCGCUCCAGUCUGUCACUGAGAUCACAGUGGAGGAGAAGAGAGAGAGGGAGCGAGAGCGAGAGAAGAAGAAAGAAGAGGUCAACGAGUCAUACAUACUCCCAGAGAUACCCCUCAUACCCCCCUCAGGUUUGAGUGCUGGGUCUCCUGUGGGCUCUCCCCUGAAGAGUCCGGUUGGGUUCUUCCAAAGAAAGGAGGGAGGAGAGAUUGCAGAAGAUUCACCACCAUCCCAGAAAAAACACUUCAGAACACACUCAGACUCAUCAACCAUUGGGAACUCUCUUAUGAAGAAGGGGGCUUCCAUUCGACGGAGUUUGCGACUUGUGGGGAAUAAGAAGGACAAGACCCUCAAACAGGAGCCGCUCCAGUCUGUCACUGAGAUCAGAGUGGAGGAGAAAAGAGAGCGGGAGGAAGAGCGGGAGAGGGAGGAGAGUGUAGAGAUCAAAGAGUCAUACACACUCCCAGAGAUACCCCUCACACCCCUCUCAGUGAUGCAGAUCAACGAGCUGAUUAAGACUGAGGUGCUGGAGGAGGCCCACCUGAACCUCCUCUCCCUACGCCAGGAGUUCCAGCGGGAGAGGGAGGAGUGCAUGGAGGAGGCCUCCCCCAUGGAGCUGGCCAAGAAGGAGAAGGACCUGAGCAUCCUUUAUAGAGCCAUGCAGGAAAAGGUGAAGGAGAUAGUGUGCAACUCCAACAGCCUUCCCUCCUGCAACAAGGAGCUCCUGAUGCAUGUGGCCCGCGUCAUCCAGGAGGAGGAGACGAGGGAGGCAGAGCCCGGGGGCGUCGUUGGGCUAGGGGACUGGCGGGGUGCCUGGAGGGAGGCUGUGAGCAAGGGGGUCGAGGCAACGUUGAAGAGAGUUAAUCUGGACAGGCCCGAGCAGAAUGCCUCCUGGCUGGCUAUCCACCUGGGCCUGCUGGGCAAGGCCAUUGUAGAAGACUUGGAGAAGGUGAAGGGAGAGCUGCAGGGCUCUUACCCACCCAGCUUCAACGUGUUCAGCACCUACAUGAGCUGUUACCAUGGUGCUGUCAGCCAGCACCUGAACACGCUUCAGCAGCAGGUGACAGAUCUGAAGGACUACUACGCCCUGCUGGACUGGAUCAUCAAUUGCUAUGAGAGUGAGAAGAUAAUGAGCAGUCCUUCAUUGAGGCCAGAGAUGGAGGCUGAGAAAAUAGGCCUCUCACUGGAGGAGGGCUUCCUGGACCAGCUCAAGGGGAAAUACUGCAUGCGGGCUAAGGAGGACAUGAGAGCUUCGCUGGAUAGAAUAUUAGAGCUUGAAAACGAGGACAUUUGGAUAAAGAAACAGGCACCAGAGACCGAUGAUGAACACUUCUUGAACUCUGACAUACACAUGGAUAUUUGGACGAAAGUUAAGAGCAAUGCUGUUAACUCCAAGAGGAUUGACGUGAACCUGGAGAUGAGAGUAGUCUGUUCCUGCCUGGAAGAGUUACAGCAGUUUCCCAAACGAUUUGAGACUAAAUUAACGUACUGCUGUAACAGUGUGGAAAACCCUUCACUUUGGGCUGACUAUCAGAUAACCUACAUCAACACCUUUACAGCUCUUAAGGAGCAUAUGGAGGGCUACAGGGAGAGCUGCCCAACACAGGUAGACCAUCUCAGCAGAGAGGUGGAUGGCCUGGUCCAUAGACUGGUCCAGGGCCUGGAGGACCAGUUUAAAAAUGAUGUCAGGCCCUACCUCAGGAGAAUGAUGACGAGGAAGUGGCUCUCCACAGAUGAGGACUUUCAACAGCUGUAUAGCAGGACAGAGAAGCUGACCCAUCGCUGUUCACAAAUGAGACCUCCAAAUGUACAGACCUUUUUGAGCCGCUUGCACUACUACGUGGUGAAAGAGUAUGUCUCCCAGCUGAUGAAAAACAACUACUCCUGUAAGAACAGGAAGCAUGACAAAGCUGCCACCAAGAUGAGGGCGCAGUGGGAUAAACUCAAGGAUCUGUUUAAGGAAAUGACAGCCCAUGACUGGCUCCACCCAGUAGGAGACCACCUGAGUAACAUCAUUGGGGAAACAAACAAGAGGGACAUAAAGAACCACCUGAAACUUUUCGUUGCUGACUACCCAGACAUCAGUAAGAAGCACCUGUCGGCUGUGCUGUACUUCAGGGGCUUGAUGCGAGGCAGGGAGAGACAGGUGAUCCUGCAGCGUCUCACUGAGCUGAAGAGGGAACUGGGAACCGCAGGGAACAUUGGAGAUAAUAGAAGAGCCCUCUUUAGUGACAUGCAGGUCACCAAUACAGACUGUCUGGCUGACAUGCCGUUCUUCUGUCUCCUCCUCCCAGACAGCUAAUAAACAGACCUAGAUACAGGAGCCCACCACAGAGAUGGUAACCUAACCAAACUGUCUGAGAAAAAUAACAUACUGUAUCACAAGUAGGUUCACCUCGCACAAAUGAAACUUAAAAUAAUGAUUAAUGUAAUCAAAGGGAUGCUUUAAGACACCACAUUUGUUUCCUAUCAUCUAUUGUUACUACAGCCCACAACAUGAUGCUGCCACCCCCGUGCUUCACGGUUGGGAUGGUGUUCUUCGGCUUGCAAGCAUCCCCCUUUUUCCUCCAAACUGUCACGUCCUGGCCAGUAUAAGGUUAAUUGUUUUUGUAGUUUGGUCAGGACGUGGCAGAGGGUAUUUGUUUUAUGUGGUUCGGGGUGGUGUGUUUGUGUAAAGGGUGUUUGAUUUAGUAUUUCCGGGUUUUUGGUUGAUGGUCUAUGUGUUUGUAUUCUAUGGUUAGUCUGGUGUG